GAAGUGACGUUUUUCGUGACAUUUUCAUCCGCGUCCCGGCACAUCGGCACCAAAUGAUUCUUAAUAUUCGGACAUUGAAAAGAUUGUGUUACAAAUUGCAUCAGUUCAGAAGAGAGAACAAUACCGACUUGAAUGAUCUUGCUGCUUUUGUUGAACAUGAGAUCACUAGCAACGGGAGUCUACAAGAAUAUCAAUGGCUACAUCUGCGUGCUGUUCAAAGAGGAUCACCUCGCACCCUUGGAGGGGGUGUUGGAGAGCACUCCUCCUGGGGACUCCCUUGUUCUGCUGGGGGACUUCAAUGCUCACGUGGGCAGCGACAGUGAGACCUGGAGGGGCGUGAUUGGGAGGAACGGCCCCCCCGAUCUGAACCCGAGCGGUGUUUUGUUAUUGGACUUCUGUGCUCGUCACGGACUGUCCAUAAUGAACACUAUGUUCAAGCAUAAGGGUGUCCAUAUGUGCACUUGGCACCAGGACACCCUAGGCCGCAGUUUGAUGAUCGACUUUGUAGUCGUGUCGUCGGACUUGCGGCCGCAUGUUUUGGACACUCGGGUGAAGAGAGGGGCGGAGCUGUCAACCGAUCACUACCUGGUGGUGGGUUGGCUCCGCUGGUGGGGGAUGAAGCCGGCCAGGCCUGGCAGGCCCAAGCGUAUAGUGAGGGUCUGCUGGGAACGUCUGGCGGAAUCCCCGGUCAGGGAGAGUUUCAACUCCUACCUCCAGCAUAACUUCUCCCAUAUCCCCGGGGAGGCGGGGGACAUUGAGUCCGAAUGGGCCAUGUUCCGUGCCUCCAUUGUGGAGGCGGCUGACCGGAGCUGCGGCCGUAAGGUGGUCGGUGCCUGUCGCGGCGGUAAUCCCCGAACCCGCUGGUGGACACCGGUGGUAAGGGAUGCCGUCAAGCUGAAGAAGGAGUCACGGGGGUGGAGGUCGCUGAGGUGGUCAAAAAGCUCCUCGGUGGCCGGGCCCCGGGGGUGGACGAGAUUCGCCCAGAGUUCCUCAAGGCUCUGGAUGCUGCGGGGCUGUCCUGGCUGACACGCAUCUGCAGCAUCGCGUGGACAUCGGGGGCAGUGCCUCUGGAUUGGCAGACCGGGGUGGUGGUCCCCCUCUUUAAGAGGGGGGACCAGAGGGUGUGCUCCAACUACAGGGGGAUCACACUCCUCAGCCUCCCUGGUAAGGUCUAUUCGGGGGUCCUGGAAAGGAGGGUCCGCCGGAUUGUCGAACCUCGGAUUCAGGAGGAGCAGUGUGGUUUUCGCCCUGGCCGUGGAACAGUGGACCAGCUCUAUACUCUCAGCAGGGUUCUGGAGGGUUCAUGGGAGUUUGCCCGACCAGUCUACAUGUGUUUUGUGGACUUGGAAAAGGCAUUCGACCGUGUCCCUCGUGGGGUCCUGUGGGGAGUGCUCCGGGAGUAUGGGGUACCGGGCUCCCUUUUAAGGGCGGUUCGGUCCCUGUAUGACCGGUGCCAGAGUUUGGUCCGCAUGGGCGGCAAUAAGUCGGACUCGUUUCCGGUGAGGGUUGGACUCCGUCAGGGCUGCCCUUUGUCACCGAUUCUGUUCAUAGUUUUUAUGGACGGAAUUUCUAGGCGCAGCCAGGGCGUUGAGGGCGUCCGGUUCGGUGACCUCAGGAUUAGGUCUCUGCUUUUUGCGGAUGAUGUGGUUCUGUUGGCCUCAUCGAGCCGUGACCUUCAGCUCUCACUGGAGCAGUUCGCAGCCGAGUGCGAAGCGGCUGGGAUGAGAAUCAGCACCUCCAAAUCCGAGACCAUGGUUCUCAGCCGGAAAAGGGUAGAGUGCUCUCUCUGGGUUGGGGAUGGGGUCCUCCCCCAAGUGGAGGAGUUUAAGUAUCUCGGGAUCUUGUUCACGAGUGGGGGAACGAUGGAGCGUGAGAUCGACAGGCGGAUCGGUGCGGCGUCAGCAGUCAUGCGGGCGCUGCAUCGGUCUGUCAUGGUGAAGAGAGAGCUGAGCCAAAAGGCGAAGCUCUCGAUUUACCAGUCGAUCUACGUUCCUACCCUCACCUAUGGUCAUGAGCUUUGGGUAGUGACUGAAAGAACGAGAUCGCGGGUACAAGCGGCCGAAAUGAGUUUCCUCCGCAGGGUGGCUGGGCUCUCCCUUAGAGAUAGGGUGAGGAGCUCAGUCAUUCGGGAGGGACUCAGAGUAGAGCCGCUGCUCCUCCGCAUCGAGAGGAGCCAGAUGAGGUGGCUCGGGCAUCUGAUCAGGAUGCCUCCGGGACGCCUCCCUGGGGAGGUAUUCCGGGCAUGUCCCACUGGGAGGAGACCCCGGGGAAGACCCAGGACACGCUGGAGAAACUAUGUCUCUCGGCUGGCCUGGGAACGCCUCGGGGUCCCCCCAGAGGAGCUGGACGAAGUGGCCGGGGAGAGGGAAGUCUGGGUCUCCCUGCUGAGGCUGCUGCCCCCGCGACCCGACUCCGGAUUAAGCGGGAGAUGAUGGAUGGAUGGAUGGAUUUCUUUCCAGUGCUGUGAAUACAAAUAAUUCAUGUAAAAUAACAUUAAAACUUUCUAUUUAAAAAAAAAAAAAAGUCUUCUUUGUACCA